CUUUCUUUUUCCUGGCUCCGUAUAAGUCAUCAAUCAUUCAGCCCGCCCUGCCCUCACAUGCGCACUGCCAGCCACACGGCAGGCACAACACAAAGGUGCUGCUGCUUCUUCGCCGCGGGUUCUCUUCCUCUUCCACCAUUUGUCGCCCGCCCUUCGGACGACAACAACGACGACAUCAUCAUCAUGGAGUGCUGUCCUUCUCGCGGGAGCGUCUGGCCGCGGCCGUCGGUGUCGUCGCUGCUCGUGGGCCUGGUCGCGCUUGCCGCCUCGAGCAUGUUUGGGACUGCCGUGGCCGCCUCGUCGCCGUCGCAUGGCUGCGGGAGCGCCGCGCCUGCCGCGCUGAGCACCAUGACCGAGGUCAACCUCACCCUCAGCACCGCCAUGGGCGGCGACCGCCACUACUUCUACUGGCUGCCCCCGAGCUACAACGCCUCGCUGCCCUCGCCCCUCGUCUUGUCCUUCCACGGCAGCGGCUCCUCCGCCGCCCUCCAGGCCAGUGUCGACUACUUCACCAUCCCAGACUUCAACCCAAAGUCGUCCUAUGUUGUCGUCUAUCCAGAGGCCACCUUUGAGGACGGCACCACCCAGCGCAUGUGGCAGAUCGCCCCCGAGAUGGCUGCCCAGGGCAUCGACGACGUUGGCUACGUCCUCGCCAUCCUCGACGACGUCCGCAGCCACAUCUGCAUCGACAACGCCCGCAUCUACGCAAGCGGCAUGUCCCAGGGCGGCGGCAUGACCAACCUCCUCGCCUGCAGCCCCGACACCGCUGCCAUCUUUGCCGCCUACGCCCCCGUAGCUGGCGCCUACUACUACCCUUACCCCAACCCGGCCACAAACUCAUGCAGGCCCACCACCGACAAGCUCCCCUGUGACCCGGGCCGCGCAGACAUCCCCAUCCUCGCCUUCCACGGCGGCGACGACAUCGUCAUCGACUACGAAGGCGGUGACCGCCGGGGCGCCUGCACGCCCGACAUCCCGUACUGGGCGGAGCAGUGGGCUCUGCGCGACGGCCUCGACACUCUCGACAUGGGCACGUACACUUCAGCGAGCGCCAUCGAGGGAUCGCUGGGCAGCGUGAUCGAGAAGCUGGGCGGGAGUGCCGAGCGGUAUACCUAUGGCUCGGGCACCACGGCCGGGCUGGUCCAGCUCGUCUUCGCAGGCAAGAACGUCGGGCACGUCUGGCCUGCAGACUUUUUUCGGAUAUCUCAAAGCAGCGGUCAGGCUGUCGGCACUGGAACAACGCAGUUCAACGCGAGCAGUCUGAUCAUGGACUUUUUUGGCCGUUACACUUUGCCUGACCGCCUCCUACCACCAUCGCCAACACCGUCUCCGACCAAUGCCGCAAUGCGUGUUGUUGGACAUCAGUACAGCAUUCUGGGGUUCUUAUCACUAGCGAUUGCUCUGCUCAGCCAUGUCUUGUAGCUGUGGUUAUUGUCUCGCGCGCAGUCCCCCCAAUACCCCGAUCUGUUUUCAUCGUAUUUGGUUAAACCUUGCAUAGCCUUGUUUGGGCGUCUUUGCCAGAUUUGAAUUGGAAUCAUUGUUUUGUUGCUUAGAAACCACCUUGUCGAGACCACUUUGAAGACGAAUGGGCACGCUCUACACAUUAUAGAGCAAUAACAAUAGAUAUGAUAUUCGGGCUUGAGAUUUUCGUGUCCCCCUGGAUCUUACUUGCCCUGCCGUCUACAAAUAAAUCAUCGCUCGCCUACUGCAAACAUGGCAACAAUUUACAUGUCGAAUCUCUGUUCAAGGGGC